UUGUCAUCAAUCCAUCGAGAACAUAUACUUAUAAUCUACACAACACACACAUAUAUAAAUAUAAUGGCAGGCUUGAUGAAGAGGAGCAGUAAUGUGGUUGUUGCCGUCGCCGCCCUCCUCGUGGCGGUGUUGGCUCUCAUGAUGGCGGCGGUGAGCGGCCAAGGCGACACCUGCAGCGCCGCGCUCGGCCGCCUCAACGUCUGCGCCGCCUUCGUGGUGCCCGGAGCGGCGGCCACCACCCCGAGCGCCGACUGCUGCGCCGCCCUCCAGGGCGUCGACCACGACUGCAUUUGCAACACCCUCCGCGUCGCCUCUCGCAUCCCCGCUCAGUGCAACCUCGCCCCCCUCUCCUGCCCCGCGAGCUAAUGGAGGGAGGAGAUUGAGAAUUGAAGAAUAAUAAAGCAUGGAGGAUCCAUAUCUUAGCCAUUAGAUAUAUAUGGAUCAAGUUUGGGUUUUAUUAGGACAGUCUGAAUGGUUAAGACCUCUUAUCUGAAUUGAUCAGACAUUUGCCUCUGAAUAGUUAAGCAAUAUACUAGCUCUUAAUGGUUCAGACCUCUUACUGGUUCAGCACUUAAUGGUUCAGACCUCUUAUUGGUUCAGCACUUACCCAUUCAGAAGUUGUCAAACAGCCCCUGAGUAAAACAACACCACGGUU